GCUUCAAAUGUCAUUGCAUGUCUGAGUCCCACCAGAGGCAAUUGCUGCUGGCUUCUGAAAAUCCUCAGCAAUUCAUGGAUUACUUUUCUGAGGAGUUCCGAAAUGAUUUCCUAGAACUGCUCAGGAGGCGAUUUGGAACAAAAAGAGUCCACAAUAAUAUUGUGUACAAUGAAUAUAUCAGUCAUCGAGAACACAUCCACAUGAAUGCCACACAGUGGGAGACACUGACUGAUUUUACUAAAUGGCUGGGGAGAGAAGGUCUUUGCAAGGUCGAUGAGACUCCAAAAGGCUGGUAUAUUCAAUAUAUUGAUCGGGACCCAGAGACUAUUCGCAGGCAGCAAGAACAAGAGAGGAAGAAGAAACAGGACCUUGAUGAUGAAGAAAAAACUGCUAAAUUCAUUGAACAGCAAGUUAGAAGAGGUCUGGAGGGGAAAGAACUGGAAAAACCAGUCUACACUGAACUGAACAGAGAAAAUGAAGAAGAAAAAGUUACAUUUAAUUUAAACAAAGGAGCAAGUACUUCAAUAGCAGCAUCUUCUAAAACAAGCAGUGUCCUUGGACCGAAUGCACUGAAGAUCGUGGAAGGGGCAGUUAAAAGAAAAGAAAUGGCUCAUAGCUCUGGUCAGUCCAAAGAGAAAAAGAAGAAAUCUGCACUGGAUGAGAUUAUGGAGCUUGAAGAGGAGAAAAAAAGAACAUCUCGAAGAGACUACUGGUUGCAGCCUGAAAUCAUUGUAAAAAUUGUAACAAAAAAGCUCGGAGAGAAGUAUCACAAGAAGAAGGCAGUUGUUAAGGAAGUGAUUGACAAAUAUACAGCAGUUGUGAAGAUGAUUGAUUCUGGAGACAAACUGAAGCUUGAUCAGACGCAUCUGGAAACUGUAAUACCCGCACCAGGCAAGAAAGUGAUGGUAUUAAACGGUGGUUACCGGGGAAAUGAAGGCAUCUUGGAAUCUAUCAACGAAAAGAGGUUUUCAGCAACAAUAAUCAUCGAUUCUGGACCUUUAAAAGGACGCCGAGUUGAAGACAUCCAGUAUGAAGACAUUUCCAAACUCGCCUGAGGCACUAAUUGUGGAUCAGAGAAG